AUGGCUGCUAUCGACCCCACAAAGGUGGGAAAAUACCCAGUACUCCUCAGUCCUGAGCUGCUGGGGAAGCCAUCCAAGGAAACAUACACAGGCAUUCGGUAUAACCACCGACCAACGCUCUCGUCAGACACAGCUCCGAACACGGCCCAUCUCAAGAAGUCGGCCAAAGACGGUUCCUACAACAUUGGCUUCGACGACAAGGGCGACAGAUAUCAAUACAAUGGCGUACGAACCGCCGAAGACAACAACUAUACCCUCAUAUUCGAUCCCACGCGCCAGGCCUUCAUACUGCACCGCGUCGAUUCCAUGUUCCACAUGAAUCUGACAAGGACGCCAACGGAUAAUGUGGAAACAUUACGAGAGAAGUUCCCCCAACUGGAGAUCAAGAAUGGCGGUUCAUCUGCUGCCUCUGGUUCCAAGCCGCCGCCAACACAAGCGAAGGGCAAGGCGGCAGCCUCGAAAGCGGCGGCAUCCAAACUCAAAGAGGACCCUCCAGCCAAGGCCAAGCCGGCAGCCAGAGGCGCCGCGGCCAAAAACACACCAGCAGCAAAGAAUACGCCAGAGGCCAAGGGUAAAGGAAAGGGCAAAGUGGAAAAGAAGGGGGCGGAAGCUCUCUUUCUACCGGAUCCCAACGCCGCCCCGCCCGCCGCACCAUCUCUUCCCAUGCCAUCUGUUCCUGAGAAGAAGCGUGAAGUACCACCACCAAAGAAGAAAGUCGAUGAUGACGAGGAUGAUGAGGACGACGACGAUGAUGAUUUUGGUCUCACAAUCGAAUAUCCCGACGCCAAGCCCCCACCGCCUACGACUUUCCAGCCUGCUGCGUCUCUCAAUAGACGCUUUUCAGAGUUUGGCAAGGGCGCCUACGAAGAAGAGGAAGAGCAUAAUCACGAGGAAGACUUCCGGCACUUUCAGCAACUUCGCGAGGAGUCAGACGAGGACGAGGAGUAUGAUUUUGAGGAGGUGGCGCCGGCUCCGAGUGCUCCGGUUUCGAGCUACGAUUCUCAGCCUAGAGUGCCGGUGGAGGAACCUGAAAAGUACACUUUUGAUGUGGGCUCGUCAGAUGAAGAUGAGGAAGCCGAGGUGGAUCCGAUGCAGGGUGAUUUGGAGGCGGAGCUUGAGGCAGCCUUUGGGGAGAUGGAUGAGAACGACAGAGGUAACGAGAGUGAGGUAAGCGAGGAGGAGUGA